CUCUGCACUCUCGGUUGGUCUGGACAGGGUGAGGUUCUGAGGGUAGACGCUGAUAUCAACAAUAACCCAGAACUAAAGGAUUACAAUGUCCAGUCGGACAAGCACAUCUUCUUAUAAAAGGAUGUUCGGUGGGGAGCGACAAGCGAUGGUUCGGUCCACUUACUCCAGCCGGCAGUACAGCAGCCCUGGGCGCACAACCUCUCGCGUGUCCUACAGCAGCGCGUCCUCCGCGUCUCCAUCCCUCUACAUGAGCAAGAGCGCGAGGGUGCGCACCAGACUCGCCACCGAGACGCUGGAUUUCGGGCUCGCCGAUGCCAUCAACACCGAGUUCAAAGCCAACCGAACCAAUGAGAAAGCAGAGAUGCAACAUCUCAACGACAGGUUUGCCAGUUACAUAGAGAAAGUGAGAUUUCUGGAGCAGCAGAAUAAGAUCUUGACCGCGGAGCUGGAGCAGAUGCGGGGCAAAGGCUCGUCCCGGGUCGGUGAUCUGUACGAGGAUGAGAUGAGAGAACUGAGGCGACAAGUGGACCAGCUCAUCAACGAGAAGGCCUCAGUGGAGGUGGACCGGGACAAUCUGGGAGAGAACAUCGAGCGUCUCAGACAGAAACUUCAAGAAGAGAUGCUUCAGAGGGAAGAUGCGGAGAACAGCCUUCGGAGCUUCAGACAGGAUGUUGAUAACGCCUCCCUGGCUCGUCUGGACCUGGAGAGAAAGGUGGAGUCCUUGCAAGAAGAGAUUGCUUUCUUGAAGAAACUUCAUGAUGAGGAACUUGCCGAACUGCAGAUGCAGAUCCAGGAACGGCAUGUGCAGAUUGAUAUGGAAGUGGCCAAACCUGACCUCACCGCUGCCCUGAGAGAUGUCCGACAGCAGUACGAGACUCUGGCUUCCAGGAACCUCCAGGAGUCUGAGGAAUGGUACAAAUCCAAGUUUGCUGACCUGUCCGAAGCUGCUGCCCGUAACAGUGAAGCGGUCCGUCUGGCCAAGCAUGAAGCCAAUGACUAUCGCCGUCAGCUUCAAUCUCUCACCUGCGACUUAGAAGCUCUUAGGGGAACUAAUGAGUCCCUGGAGCGUCAGAUGAGAGAGAUGGAAGAUAACUUUUCCAUCGAGGCAUCUGGGUACCAGGACACCAUUGUUCGUCUAGAGGAUGACAUCCGCAACACAAAGGAUGAGAUGGCACGUCAUCUCCGUGAAUACCAGAAUCUGCUGAAUGUUAAAAUGGCCCUGGAUAUUGAGAUCGCCACCUACAGGAAUCUCCUGGAAGGGGAAGAAUACAGGAUCACCACACCAUUUCCCAACCUUUCAUCACUAUCCCUACGAGAGUCCAUGAAGGAAAUCAGACCUGCGAUGGACAGCCUAUCAAAGAAAGUGGUGAUAAAGACCAUCGAGACCAGAGAUGGACAUAUAAUUAACCAGUCGACCCAAAAAGACAAUCUGGAAUGAGCUGCAUGUGAACCUGUGACCAGUAGGCGCAGUAGAGAGCUGAAGAUCCACGCUGGAGUAAAACGAGGAAGAAUGAAGAUCUUCUAUCUGUUAAGAGAGAGAGAGAGAAAAAAGAAAAACAGCUUUAAAGUGCCUUUUUUUGCAGUGCCACAUUAGAGCAUUAGAGUCUGUUGAUAGAGCUGUAUUAGACCUGAAAAGUUAAUUUAGGCCACUGAGUAAACCAGCUUUAUCCAGGUUCAUGUUUACCACUAUGUCUGUAGUUUACACUGUUGAAGACCACAGCAAUACUGCUACACCUUUUCCUGUUUUGUAAAAUAAUUGCAAAUGACCAAAAACCUGAUGGACUUUCCAAAUUACCACAAAUUCAAUAAACCUUUUAAAGAAUAAUCAGA